AUGGAUUUUCUAGAAACUAAAUUAGUUUGUUGGAAUGUGCGUGGGGCGGUAAACGUCCGUGGGAGGCGUGUGGUACGAGACUUAGUAGAUAAGUUUCGACUAGAAAUAUUUAUAGUGGUAGAGACUCACUGUCCGUUUUCUAAGGCAGCUGCGUUUUGGGACCAACUGGGCUAUGAGGAGUGUGGAUUAGCAGAAGCAACAGGUUUUGCCGGAGGCAUUUGGAUGAUGGGUGCUAAAGGGCGAAAUUUUACUAUAUCAGUUCUGGAUGUUCAUAGUCAAGUUGUUACUGUUCAGAUUGUGGGCUUGGAAUCCUCUUGGAUGCUAAUUGGAGAUUUCAAUGAAAUCAUGUACCCCUCAGAGGUUAAGGGAGGACAAUUCUGUCUACAACGUUCACAAAGGUUUCUGACUAUGGUGGAAAGGUGUGACUUGCUGGAUCUUGGCGCUAUUGGAAGUAAGUAUACGUGGUUUCGUCGAACAGAAUUGGGCCAAUCCACGUCCAAAAGGCUUGACAGGGCUUUAGGUGAUGUUGAGUGGCGACACCUGUUUCCCGAAGCUGAAGUUGUUGAAACUGGCUGGAAUCAUGGCGACGGCAGGAUUUUGUCCCGACUGGAGCAUGUUCAGCACGGGGCCACAGAAUUUAACAAAAACAUUUUUGGUAAUAUCUUCCAACGCAAGCGCACUUGUGAGAAUAGGCUCAAAGGGGUCCAACGUGCCAUUGAGGAAGGGGAGACAAGCCGCCUCUUGCGUUUGGAGAAAGACCUACAGCAGGAGUAUGGGACCAUUCUCUACCAGGAGGAGUUGCUAUGGUACCAAAAAUCCCGGGAGCAAUGGGUUCGUUUUGGUGACCGGAAUACACGUUUUUUCCACGCUCAAACUGUGAUUAGAAGGAAAAGAAAUAAAAUACAUGGCCUGGUACUGCCGAAUGGGACAUGGUCGACGGAGCAGGUAAAGCUUGUGGAUGCAGCACAUAGUUUUUUCCUGGGUCUGUUUGCGUCUCCAGCAAUUUCGGACCCAGAAGCUAUUAAUCUCCAAAGUCUCCCUAGGUUAAGUCUGGAAGGGGUGGAAGCACUUUUGGAGCCGGUAACAAAGGAGGAAGUGCGCCUUGCCGCGUUUAGUAUGAAAUCGUUCAAAGCCCCUGGGUCGGAUGGCUUUCAGCUGUUUUUCUUCAAGCACUACUGGUCCCUUAUAGGGGAUGAUGUUUGGAGGUUUGUAGAGGAUGCUUUUGUGAAUGGUUAUUCAGAUCAUGGGAUACUGGACACACUGGUGAUGCUAAUUCCUAAGGUGGAUUUUCCCAAGCACCUAAAGGAGUUCCGACCGAUCAGCUUGUGUACGAUGAUUUACAAAAUCAUCACAAAGGUGUUGGUGGGUCGUAUUAGGCCCUAUCUUGGUGAUUUAAUUGGCCCCCUACAGGGUAGUUUUAUUCCGGGAAGGAGCUCCGCUGAUAAUAUUCUUCUAGCACAGGAGGCGAUCCACUACAUGAAGAAGACCAAACUUAAGAAGGGCGCACUAGCUAUGAAAAUUGAUUUGGAGAAGGCAUAUGACAACAUUAGUUGGGAGUUCCUUAAGCGUACCCUGGAGCAGUUUGGUUUCCCAAGUGCCACGGUGAAGCUUAUCAUGUGGUGUGUUACAAAUUCAAAGCUUAGCAUCCUUUGGAAUGGGACUCGCUUAGAUAGUUUUGCGCCAUCUCGAGGGCUUCUCCAAGGAGAUCCGAUGUCCCCUUAUCUUUUCUUGCUAUGUAUGGAGAUCUUGUCUUUGCAUAUUCAUGAGCUUGUUCAGCAAGGACUUUGGAAGCCUAUUCACCUUGCUAGAAACAGCACGGGGUUGUCACACCUUAUCUUCGCAGAUGACAUUGUUCUCUUUGCGCACGCCUCUUCAACCCAGGUUCAGGUCAUAUCCCAGGCUCUUAAGGACUUUGCCCUAGCUUCUGGGUUACAAGUUAACCUUGAUAAAUCUAGAAUGUAUUGCUCCUCAAAGGUAACGAGUGUAAGACGUCAAGCUUUUACCGCCAUCUCCUCUAUCUGUGGCACUUCAAACUUGGGAAAGUACUUAGGUGUGAAAUUGAAGAUGGAACGUAGCAGUCGGAGCCACUUCCAGUAUGUGCUUGAAAGGAUAGACCGUCGUCUCUCUUCAUGGAAGAUGAAGAUGCUAAACAAAUCUGGUAAAUUAUGUUUAGUGAAAUAUGUUUUAAGUUCCCUUCCUGUUUAUGACAUGCCGGUGGCUUGGUUGCCUACCUCUGUGUGUGAUCGAAUGGACCAAAUAAACAAAAAAUUUAUCUGGAGUUCCAACCCCUCUAAGAAAGGCUGGCAUCUGGUGAAGUGGGGUACGAUGACGAACGUGAAGAGUCAAGGUGGGUUAGGGGUUCGUGAGGCUAGGACGGGAAACAUUGCGCUACUUGGCAAACUGGUUUGGAAGGUUUUACAUGAGCCUUCCUGUCUAUGGGUUCAGCAGUUCAAGAGCAUCUACUUGAAGGAAACGAAUUUCUUUGAUUAUAAGAUUAAGGGUAAUGCCUCUUUCGCUUGGCGUACUAUUAUUCGUGCUCGUGAUGCUUUAAAACACGGGUUUUCCUUCCUCCUGCAGCACGGGGAUUCCUCUUUUUGGUAUAAUGAUUGGGCUGGCAUUGGUGCUCUUUGCCAUUAUGUACCAUAUGUCCAUAUUAGUGAUGUUGAGUUGAAGUUGAAAGACAUUUGGAACACUGGUUGGCAAUGGAACAAGCUAUGGACAAUUAUCCCGCAGGAAAUUUUGGAUCACUUGAAUCAAAUUGCAGGGCCUACAGGAGUACCGUUCCCUGAUGCUUGGAGGUGGCAGAACCGUCCUGAUGGCCUUUACACAGUGUCAUCUUGCUACUCCUGGCUUAGGGACCAGUCACAUGAAGGCUCUGAUCAGCGGGUUUGGUCUAGAAUCUGGAAACUGCAGAUCCUGGAGAAGUAUAAAUUCUUUUUGUGGCUUUGUCUUCAUAAUGCGAUCCCAAUUAAUGCUCGCAGGUUUACUUGUCAGUUAGCAGCGAGCCCAGCGUGCACCCUUUGCUCCCAUCCGUUGGAGGAUGGCUUACAUUGCCUCCGAGAUUGUCCCCAUUCUAAGGAGAUCUGGUUAAGGUCAGGGUGCGCUUUCUAUACUGCUUUCUUUGAAACAGACUUUUGGAAGUGGAUAGAGGAUAUGGUGAACUAUUCGGACGCUGCAAAAUUAGUCCAUAUUUUAUGGUGGGUUUGGCGUAGAAGAAAUAACAUGGUUCUGGGUGAUGAAGUUUGGACUAUGCACCAAGUUCAGCGUCAGAUUAUGAGCACUAUACCGGACCCUGCUUAUUGGACCGAUGUCGACGUGGUGCCGCGCACAGCUCCUGGUUUUGAUGCAUCACCUUCAGGUUAUAUAGCGCUGCAUGUAGAUGGAAGCUUUCAUCGUACCUCAUCGGUUAUGAGUUGCGGUGGUUUCCUCAGUGAUCAUACCGGUAAAUGGAUUGAUGGUUUUGCCAGUUGUGAAGGUGUUGGGGAGGUUUUUUUGGCGGAACUUCUUGCCAUCAUUAGGGGUCUGAAUUUGGCAUGGAGGCGAGGCGUUCGUAAACUCAUGGUGCACUUUGAUUGCUUGGAAGUAAUGCAUGCUCUCUCGGGUACUAGAUCCCUGAACUUAUACUCUUAUGCAGCAUACUUAGUAGAAGCAAGGAGCUUACUCAACCAGGAGUGGGAAGUGUCCCUUCAUCCUGUUCCCCGUGAAAGGAAUGCGCCCGCAGACGCUCUAGCGCAGAUGGGGUAUAGACUUAGAGUUAAUUACUCUUCUUGGACUACUCCUCCUGCUGAGAUUGCCCCUCUUGUGGGGUGUGGCUAG